AAUCCCCGAGGACUGAUUGCGCCCCGGAUGGCGCACGCUCGCUCACAUGCCGAUGCCGAUCGAGGACCUCUGUCUAUUGUACUACUCCUGCUACCUGCUUAUUAAUUCGCGCUUGACACUCUCUCAGCUCGCCCCAGCUCCAGCUCCAGCCCGGCCACCGAGAGAGAGCCUUCUUCUUCCUCGCACAUAUCACUCUCUCUCCCUCCUCGCCAUCAGCUCCGGUGAUCGCAGUCCCCAGAGAAUUAUCUGAUGGGGCUGCUGUCGCGGCGGGUGGAGCGGUCUGAGCUCAAGCCCGGCGACCACAUCUACACCUGGCGCGCCGCCUACGCCUACUCCCACCACGGUAUUUACGUCGGCGGGAGCAAGGUGGUCCACUUCACGCGGAAGAAAGAGGCGGGGAAUGCCGGCCUAGACUCCGCCGUCGCCGUUUCCACCCUGCUCAUCUCCCCGGGCUCUCUGCCGGAGUGCCCGACGUUCCCGGACUGCGGCUUCCAGCUCCCCGACAGCGGCGUCAUCCUCACCUGCCUCGACUGCUUCCUCCGCGACGGCUCCCUCCACAGCUUCGACUACGGCGUAACCCCCGCCGCCUUCCUCGCAAGGCUCCGCGGCGGCACCUGCACCACCGCCGCCGCACCGGAUCCGCCGGACGCCGUGGUCCGCCGUGCCAUGUACCUGCUCCAGAACGGGUUCGGGAGCUACGACGUGUUCGAGAACAACUGCGAGGACUUUGCGUUGUACUGCAAGACGGGUCUGAUCCUGCCACCACCCGCCGGCGACGACCCUGGCAUCGGGAGGAGCGGACAGGCAGCCGCUGCGGUCGGCGUCCCACUGGCAGCGCUCCUCUCCACACCGUUCAAGCUGUUGUCGGCGGGGCCGUUAGGCAUGGCGGCUGUUACCGCGGGGAUGUACUGCGCCGGCAGGUACAUCACCGACAUUGGCGUGAGGAAGGACGUGGUGAAGGUCGAGGUGGAGGACCUCUCGGCGCACCUCGGAUGGCGCUGCCAUGAGUCGGCGAAGGCGAAGACGAAGGAGGAGCAGCCGGCCGGUGGCACGGUGACCAUAAGGCUGCUGCCAUUGAAGAGGAAACGUGAGAGCUGAUGAAACUGUGAAUUGGAAGGGAUGAAAAAUGCUGUUGCUGGUUGCUCAUUCUCUUUUUCUUUUUUUCUUGCGUUGAUAGUUUGGAGGUUUGUUGUACUUGACCAAAAUAAGGCCAGAUAGCAUAUAGGGGUAUAGACAUAGAUAUCAUGUGUAAGGGUAAAGUGUGUGCUUUGAUCUAGUUAAUUAAUGGAUUCACUUAAACUUGUAUGAUCAGUUCAUCUUCUUAUUAAAAAAAAUUCAAGUUCACUAA